AGCAUCCCUUCAGGCGUAACUUAACACAUCGUGUGCGCUUUUUUUCGUCGCACCGGCUACCUACAUGUUUAUAGUGUUGGAUGGCUCGACACCAUACAACCGGCCUCUUUAAUUUCCAAGCAAAUGUCGCAACCCCCAGCGCACGUUACAGAUGCGGACGGUGUCAUCAAGUGAAAGGUAGCAGAAAAAUCGUUAAGUUUUUUGGACGAAUCUUCACCGCACGCGUGGUGUCUCGGUUGCCUUUAUUAAUGCGCAGUUGGAACAGUUUUUUUAUGGUAUUAUGAUGCCGUAAAGUGGCUUUACUGCCGAAACGUAUAUAAUCAUCACCGGAAACUGAUUGGAAUUUAGUGUUUAAAAGUCAGCACUGAUCUGGAACCACUCGAGAUGAUCACCCGGAAGAAUAACGUACAUCAUUCGCUGUGCGGCAUGUUUAUAUUAUUACAUGCCGCGAUUGCGUCAGUGUUGUUUCGGAAGGUCAGCGGAAAAUGGGCCACGGGUGAUCAGUAUUCACAGCUCGGGAGGCUAAAUCUGAACACCGAUCCCCGUUAUUCACGGUGGCCGGACCCAUCCCAUGUUCCUUACUUGAUCUCAGACGGAUAUACUUCCACUGAACUGGCGACCAUUCACGAAGCAAUGGACCAAAUAUUUCUCGAUAGCCUAGGCUGCGUUCGUUUUGUGGAUUACGAUGCUCGCAGUGAUGCUGGAAAAGAUUAUAUAAUUAUUAGUCCCGCUGUUGAUGGAACAUGUUGGUCAUAUCCUGGCCUGCUGUCAACCGACGGUGCCGGUCAAAAACUGGGAAUAUCUGCUGGAAAGAACGGUUGCCUGCAUAAUAAACGUCUGGUGAUGAAAACACUCUUUCAUGUUCUGGGAAAACGAAGCGAGCACAAUCGACCGGAUCGGGAUGAUUAUCUGGAAAUGCAUCUGGAAAAUCUGGAAGAUGAAUUUGUACCUUUUAAUCCGUUCCAGAAAUAUCUGGAUACUACCGUCUAUUAUCAAGGAUUUCCUUAUGAUUACAAUAGUGUGACGCAUCAUCUGCCAACAGCAUACGCUAAACCGGGAACAGCGGUGUUCACGGUGCGCGAUGCAACCAAAACUAUUGGCGAUAAACCGCGUUUGAGUUACUGGGACUGUUAUGCCAUGGCUAUCCAGUAUCAGUGUCAAGACAUUAUCAAAAAUGACCUUUGUCGAAAUUUGGACUCGUACAAACCGACGAUCACGGUGUUAGCCGGCGUCCCUUCACGUGACCGGGAAAACCGGCCUUCAAUAUCCAUUUACAAUGCGGACAUUCCAAAAAUUAUUCCCAUGGCUGCUCCAACCACUUCCACCACUAUUAAGCCCACUCCACCCACGACCACCACAACGACGACCAGCACAACUACGACUACCUCAUCAACGACGACAGCUGAAGAACAAUUCCCAAAUUAUUUCCCGGAUGUACAAGGGAAUUUGAUAGCCGAUCCGACAAAAGCGGAUUACGUAGCUGUACAGCGAAAAGGCGGCAGUGUUAAGCGGAACAUCUGCGAUCCUGGCUUCCGUGUGGAUGCGGCGGUACAAAAUCAAGAUGGCAGGAUAGUAAUUUUUUCAGGAAACGAUUACUAUGUGAUUACUACGUCCGGAUACAUCCGUGAUGGCCCAUUAGCUAUUGUGAAAGACUUCCCCGAUUUAUCAUCGUUGCCGGUAACCGCUGCUUACACCGUGCCGGAGAAGGACCAGCGCGUCACCCAUAUUAUCGCGGCGCAAAAUGACUACAUGUACACGGACUUUACAUUCCUGGACUAUUUGCCGAUUGUGGAGGAUGACCUCAUUUUGCCAAAUUUACAAACAGUCUUUACGCUCCCGAGUUUGGUUAACCCGGGAAAUUACUAUGAAUUCCGUAUUUAUAAUGGAUUCGAGCCCAAUUCACAGUUUAUCCAAGCUGGAACGCGUGCAAAAAAGGUUCCGUUAAUAAAGAGCAAAUUCUUUAUUGGCAAUGCAUCCACAAUUCCGUCGACAAUCGAUGCCGUGGUCAGUUUCCAACUGGGAUCGCUUGGCAAUGCAGUAGAUGUGGCGCUGGUAUUCUCCGGUGACCUUAUGUACCUUAUGGAUGUGGAUUACUCAUGCGUAACGACACUGAAGUUCCCCUGUUUAAACGCAUCGAAACGCAGUCGAUUUCCUCUUCCUAUACGUAGUGUCCUCAACUGCAAUGCUUAUGCCGCUGCCCGAUCGUACAUGGGCCCAGCAAAAUUUGGCAGGAAAUAAGAAAUAUUUACUUGGAGUGUCGGCUGGCAUUUAACAUUCUGAAACCUAUGCCAAAAGUAUCCCAGAUUUUCUGUUUUGACGUGUCAUGUGUAUAGUCUAUAAUUUUGAAUUGUACACAAUAAUAUUACUAUGUACUAUAGUAUUUAAAUGCUUCGUGAGAGAAAUUAUGUACACAGCUUCAGUGCGCUUUACGGUUAGUUUACUUCUGGUUUUGGUGGGCCGCGGUGAUAUGCUGUCAUGCCUUAAAAGCUAAUUCGAAGUUCGCAGGUCGAUUUGCUUAACAUGCACUGAAAAAUU